GCUAUAAGGACACGAUUGACAACCGAUAUAUUAUUUCAGAAUUCAUUAAAAUUAGGGUAAAGUUUGGCUGUCGGUUUAAGUGUCAACUGUGUCCUUAUAAUCUCCCCAGCAAGCUAGCUAACGGUAUGCAUAGUUGUUUAGGGCUACAUAAAGGAGGUCUAUUCGAGAGCGUGAGUACGCAGUCAGGUAAAAUCGGAGAAGAGAUCUCCGUGCAGUGCUUGGUCACCACUUCAGCUUGAACAACCAGCCGAACGGAGAAUGGACAGCUAUCAGGCUAGCUAGCUAGGUGAAAUUCAAAGAGGACAUGUGCUAGCUGGUUCGUGUGGGACGACAAUUUCCUGUUUUCGCCAGUGUCCAGGUUGAUUCGACCAUAACUUCUGGAUUGUGAACACGCGAGGUGGAGAUGCAGACUUUUUUGAAAGGCAGAAGAGUGGGUUACUGGCUCAGCGAGAAGAAGAUGAAGAAGCUGAAUUUUCAGGCCUUUGCUGAUUUGUGCAGGAAAAGAGGAAUAGAAGUAGUCCAGGUCUAUUAUUGGCCCUUUUUUUCUUCAGGCAUAGCCUCUCUGCUGACAAUGACCCAGCUAAAGGCCACACACACACGCGCGUCCAGUUGAAGACAGACAUGAUGCGGACUCAGACAUGCUGAUAAAAGGGACUUAGAAAUGGCUGGACCUGAGCCAGCCCCUGGAGGAGCAGGGUCCCCUGGACGUCAUCAUCCACAAACUGACUGACCUGAUCCUGGAGGCCGACCAGAAUGACACACAGUCAGUCCUGCUGGUGCAGAGAGUGCAGGACUACAUUGAUGCCCACCCUGAGACCAUCGUGCUGGACCCCCUCCCAGCAAUCAGAACCCUGCUGGACCGCUGCAAGUCCUACCAGCUCAUCCAUCGGAUAGAGGACUGUAUGCAAGAUAAGAGGAUCUGCUCUCCCCCAUUCAUGGUUCUGAACACUGAGUGUGGUCCAGACACGCUGGAGCAGAUUGAGAAGCAUGGACUCACAUUCCCCUUUAUUUGCAAAACACGAGUAGCCCAUGGAACCAACUCCCACGAGAUGGCCAUCAUUUUCAGUGAGGAGGACCUGAAGGGCGUGAAGCCUCCAUGUGUGAUCCAGAGCUUCAUCAACCACAACGCGGUGCUCUACAAGGUGUUUGUUGUGGGGGAAUCCUACACGCUGGUGGAGAGACCCUCCCUGAAGAACUUCCCCGCUGGACCAGCAGACAGAAAAGCAAUUUUCUUCAACAGCCACAACGUAUCAAAGCCAGAGUCCUCUUCAGACCUGACAUCUAGGGACAACGUGGAGGGGGUCUCCCAGCCACCCAGUGAUGAUGUCAUCAGAGAGUUGUCCAGGUCCUUGCGACAGGAGUUGGGCGUGUCCUUGUUUGGCAUUGACGUCAUCAUCAACAACCUUACGGGCCAACACGCCGUCAUCGACAUCAAUUCAUUCCCUGGUUACGAGGGUGUCCCAGAGUUCUUCAACGAUCUCCUGACCCACAUCACCAGUGUGCUCCAAGCUAACUCCGCUGACAGCCCCCCAGCCAGCGGGCAGCCCAAAGGCCUGGUAUCCACAGCCCCCAGCCUAACCCCAACCCCUGGCUCCCCAGGCUGCUGCAGCAUGCUGGGGAAGGAGGCCAGCAGCAGCCCCUGGAUCGUGGAGGCGGAUGGGAACCUGAAGGGCCCCCGUCAGAGACUGGGCUGUAACUCAGCCAUGUCCCCCAACUUCCAGCAACACUGUGUCUCCACGAUAGCCACCAAGGCUUCCUCCCAAUGACUGCCCUCCUCUUCCACCUUAGCCCCCACCCUGUUCUAACCUCGAACAAAAACAGAGGAUUAUAAUGGUGACAAUAAUUAAUAAUGGUCAUAAUUAUGACAUUAAUUUUAAUAUAUCUGUAAUCAAAAAACAACUUUUUCUAUGUAGAUAUUGAUGAUGGUGAUUGGUUGUAGAUGUUUUUCUCUGCCUUUUUAGAUGUUUUGUUUAAUAGGACUUACGUACUGUAAUGUGAACUUUUGGGAUCUCUGCUUAAUUGCUGAUUUUAGUUUCUCUCUGUGAAGUCUCUUUAAUCAAGUGGUCCCCAUGAGAUGGUUAGGGGAAAGAUCUUGUCGGAACUUUUGUCUACAGCAGUGAAGGAAAAAGGCAACUUAACAUCCUGUGUUCCAUAUGCACUCACGGUUCCAGCAUUGACAUUCACCAGUUAAUGUCUUUCUUUUGAUGUUUAUCACUCUGGCAUAUAGUGGAGAAGGGAUAAAAAGUUGUUUUAUUGUCACAUACACUGGAUAGGUGCUGUGAAAUGUGUUGUCUGGGUACUAUAACACUCAUCCACAGGUUUGGAGCAGCUGCCAGUGCUAAUGGCACGCAGAUCAACUGACUUAAAGAACCCACUCGAUAAUUUCCAAAAUCACAAGCAAGUCAUUGGGGUCUUGAUUGACAUUAGAUAUGAUGAAAUUGAAUGCUGGUUGCUUUGUGUACCAUUUUAAAUAACAAUGUGCUUUCUUUCAUGUGCAAGGCUCUUGUCAUGUGAAUUUCAUAGUCUUCACAACAGCAGAAACAAAAUAGAUAUUAAUCAAGAUGAGGCACGAAAGGCUGAAAAUACCUGCAUAAACCUUUGAUCACACCUCAUAUAAAUGUUUGUCAUCAGAAAAAGAAAUCUUUGAUCAUGUGACCAAGUUUAAUGUGGGAUAAUGUUUAUAAAAGCCUUUGAGUGUUUGUCAGAUGUGGUUGAGGUUUAUACAGGUGUUUUAUGUGACUGUAAACCAGUCCAUUUCCUUGCCUCAUAACUUGAGUUGUGUUGCUCCAGCACUGCUGAAAGAUGAGGAUCACAUUCCUUUUUGUAUGUGGGUGUUUUCAAAAAGUAUUCCAGCAUUCCAAUGCUUUAGUGAAAAAUGACUUUUAUGGAAUUGAAAUGAAUCGGCAUGCUGAACUCUCAUUCUCUCUCCCUCCAUUACUACUCAUUCAAAGCUCAAUUCAACCUCUGGGCCUCUAAUAGUUUUCAAUUGGUAUUGUGUUCAGAAAACUAACUCUUACUCCACAAAUGUCUAAUUGAAUAUAUAUUUAGCCAACUAAAUCAACACAUUAUUUUUGACCAUGAAAUGACUGUCUUGAUUACAAUGCUAAGGAUUCUUUAUUUUCUUUGUACUUUGUCUUAUUGACAAUACAUCAUUUUAAACAGACGACUGGCAUCUAGUCAGGCCAGUGCACUCUUAUAUAGCCGGUAACGUCAGUCUCCAAACUCCCUGUAAGCAUCAGCUGCUGUUAUUUUGAGGUGUCACAAUAUGUAAAGAAAAAAGAAAUCCGAUUUUUCUCCCAAUGUUCAUGGUGAGAUCCUUUUUUAAAAGCGUAUAUUUUGUUCAUGGGGGGGGGGGUGUAUUUUUAUAUAGUGGAGAAGAGCGAGUGAACAACAGGAUUUGUUUUUUGUCAUGAGUAGUAUGAUGGUGGUUUGGCAAAUUAAAUGAUCAAGACCAAGCUUACAGUUGUCACUGUCUUCACCCUUAGCAUCCAGUUGAAGUGCGUGGAAAAGACUAUGUAAAAAGAAUAGGGUGUUUUAAGCACUGCUUCAUCACAGGCUGACACAGUGAAUUGACAAGCUUAUCAGAGGUUACUUAGCCCCAAUGACCAGGUGAGUGACUGACCAUCUAGUGUAGCCAUUCAACCUGCUGCCCUCCAGAACAAGAGUUGGGUAGCAGUGGUCCUAAAGCCUUCCUUAUUGAAGGACACAUCCUCAACCCUGUGUGGGUGAAGUGAUCAAGGAGAGAAUGUCUUAACCAAGCCAAGCCCAGUAUGUUGUGGAAACUACAAUCUCUAUACUGUGUGUUCUGCAUCCAAAUGGGAAAUAUUACCCCUAAUUACUACCUUGUUCAUUUCUCCAACCCUGACCGUCAUUGUGCUCUCCACUUCCACGUUUACUUGGAAAUGUUACUAUAUAUAUAGUAACGUGUGUGUGCGCAUAUAAAAUACACAUAUGCAUACAUUUUUGUAAAAGUUCUCUAAAGAAUAAUUAAUACAAUGUGACUUUUUUAAUAAAUGGCUAAAACAGGGUGAAAAAUAACUGAUUUCUAAGAGAAAUUGCUUUUACUGUUCUAGUGCUUUAGUCCAGAAUAACAGAUCAUGUAUAUUCUUGGUAAAAGUCAUUAAAUUCAUUCCCCCAAA